AUCCGGUAUAUAACACAGUGGGGUACAGGGGGUAGUCAGUUCGUACUGUGGACCCGUCAUCCUAAGGCUGUUACAGAAGAGAGAAUUCAAUGUUCGGCAUUGCCCUCCAGUUUGUUCUGUACUUGUUUCUGCUGGAUUUGGGAGGGAUAUAUGCAAAGCAGGUGCAAUUUGGCGACACUUCAAACUGUCCGUCAGUGUGGCUGCCCGUCAACGGACAACGCCAGGACAACGUACUGUAUAAGACCAAACCUAUGUUUGUAUUGGACGACAGAAGUGUCAAAGAGGGUUAUCUUCCCGGAAAGUCAUACUCACUUCACGUGAAUGCCCAGGACAGCGAUAGGAAGUUCUCGGACGUUUUGGUCUGGGCAGAAGGAAGUGGGCUACAAGGUUGUAGCACAGGCAGUUUUGAUACAAACCCAACCUACUACCAUCAACCGGAAAACUGCUCUCAUUUGGUUAGCCGGAACUCCAAGUUACCAGGGCACACGUUCCUUUUCACCUGGACAGCACCACUGUGUGGUUGCAUUACCAUUAGGGCACGAGUGUCCAUAGCUGAUACUGGUUCGUUUGUUCUGGAUGACAAAUCUACAAAGGAUGGGUAUCUGACGUCACAAAUUUGUCCCAAGGAUGUCCAUCCAAUGUUGUCAACUCUCUCUCUAAGGGAGAAGGAAGACCUUUUGUGUCGAGUAGUCAGUGACAUCACUGGGUCUGACAUAGCAACCAGGAAAGAUGUUCUGAAAAGGCGUAAAAUGGAAUACAACGCCAUGUCCCAACUCCAGAAAGAGGCUUGGGAAAUUGCCCUUGGCCAAAGAGUUUACAACACGAAGAAGUGCUGUGGUCUGACUGGAAGUGAGAGAAGCGAGUGUCUGGGAGAUGACCGGCGACAUCGCGUGGACAGGUUCUGUGCCUACGGAGAAUCCGUCAUUCCAUUCACCAUUAAGAGGCGUGCCUUUAUGGACAAACGACGGGAAGAAUGCUGCUGGAAACUAGGUGAACGUCGCUACCAUUGUUUUGCGUAUGUGCCUACUCAGCAAGCCAACAAUCCCAACAGUCUCUGGAAUGUGAAACACGUCCAAGAAAUGGACGAGUCGGAUCCAAUAAACGACCUGGAGGACUAUGCACCAGAAGUCCUGAAAGAGCUAUCAAAACUACCUGCCUUCAUGAACGCAUAUGCUGAUAGUGCAACCUUAGAAGUAAAUCUCAGUACAGAGGAACAACAUCAAAAAGACCUGAAGGUUUCCAAGGAGACCAAACCUGUAUCCUCUAAAGAAACAACCAACCUGUUAACAACAACUGCAACAACUAAGGCACGUGUUGUCCAGACAACUACUGAGUCGCCAACGACUGUCUUCGUGACAACUACAGACAUGGAAGAAAGCAAGAAAACAACAGACACAAGUAAAGAUUUGCAAAGGAAGAUGAGAAAACUAAAGCUUCGUCUUGAUUGCUGUGAGUCUGGACGUCAAACAGCGGAGGAUGUGGAGGAGGAUCCUUGGGGGAAAUGUACCACUGCCUCCUAUAAAUACACCAGAAAAAUGAGGGGCGGAAGGCGCAUGUGCCGAACCUACUUCCUGAAAUGCUGCAUCGAGGAAUCCCAAAGUGAGGAAGAAAAUUCCGGCCAUCAAGAUGACGACGAUGAAGACGAUGAUAUUGACGAUGAGGAUACUUCAAUGGUGAAUUCUGAAGAAAGUGGCGAUUACAGCGACGCCGGUGAUGGCAGCAACGAGGAUAACGAUGAUUCUGAUUUUAAGACAACUAAAUCUGUGAGUCGAAUAAAUCGGCGAAAAUUAAAUCGAAGAAAGAAUAGCCUCAGGGGAAGACGACGAGGGCGAAAACGAAGCUCCAUAAAACGCAAGAGAGGCUGAAAACCACGUGACCAUAAAUUCUCACUGCCUUUGUUUAGAACAUUGUACCUGUAGUCAUUUCAUAGAAUAGGUAGUUCUACCUCUAAAGGAAUAGUCUUGUCCAUGUAUGAACAUUUAAAGGAAUAGCUUUGUCUGACCUUUGUAGUUGUACGUACUUCUAAAGGGAUAGAUGUGUCUGAUUUUGUAGUUUGUGUGUGAAAUGUGUUGUAGGUCUAACCUUGCAGUUGUGAACUGUAUUUUAUUUCUGGUCGCCUCUUAGCAUCUUGUUUCGUGCCAUUUAUGCGAAGACAGUGCUGUUUAUGUUCAGUUAAUGAGAUUUUUUUUUACCUGAAAGACGCUUUUUUAAAAAUAUUUUUUGUUGUACUUUUCAUAGGUGCUAGAGGAUGUGGCAUAUACGUUUUGUGUUAUUCUCUGUGAGAAUUUGAUGAGCAUGAUAAUUGUUUUACAAUAUUAUUUGUAGUUUUUUAAUGCAUUUUCAAAUAAAUCAUUUUACAAUGAA